AUUAUGGAACAUUGAAAAGGAAAACCCAAAGUCAAACCACUUUUGUUAUUUCAUUUUUGAGACACCUAAACUAUAGUCUCGUCUUCCUCUCUUUCAUCUCAUUGUCGCCGCCGGUGCCAGCCAACAGCCACGGCCAUCUCCGGCUCCGCCCAACAGCCCAAAUUUUCCUCCCUCACUCAUAGAUAACGGCAGACUCCUCACUCACAAACGAGUCGACGACGAAGACGCAGCUCCCUCACUCGCAGAUGGAAACGACAAAGUGAUCUUUUUGUGUUCUUUUCAUAACUUGAGAUGUGGCUGGCUCAUUCAUAAUCAAUAAAUUCAGAUCCUAAUGGACAAAACAAAUGCCAAGUCAUCGAUCUGAGUUAGAAAUAGAAUAGCUUGCUUCCCAUGGACUUCGGUUGCACACUCCUCACCUUCAAUCUCUCACUCCUGAUCUUUUUCCUCUCCUAUCCUUCCGUAUCAGAAUCAAACCAGUUUUGUGAUGUUGGAAUUGGAGAUGGUCACUCCACCUGCAGGUUUUCGACUAAAUCUUUGUCGAAAAUUCUGAUCAAGGGAGGUACCGUUGUGAACGCUCAUCACGAGGAGGUUGCUGAUGUUUAUGUUGAGGAUGACAUCAUUGUGGCCGUAAAGCCUCAUAUUAACGUUGGUGAUGAUGUCACUGUGAUUGAUGCUGCUGGAAAGUUUGUUAUGCCAGGAGGCAUCGAUCCUCAUGUGCACCUUGCCAUGGACUUCAUGGGUACCCAAAGCAUUGAUGAUUUUUUCAGUGGUCAGGCAGCAGCACUAGCAGGUGGAACAACUAUGCAUAUUGACUUUGUUUUACCUGUUGAUGGAAGUUUGAUGGCCGGAUUUGAAUCUUAUGAAAAGAAGUCCAGGAAUUCCUGCAUGGACUAUGGUUUCCAUAUGGCGGUCACAAAAUGGGAUGAAACAGUCUCAAAAGAAAUGGAAAUAAUGGUUCAGGAAAAAGGGAUAAACUCUUUCAAGUUUUUUCUUGCUUACAAGGGAUCUUUCAUGAUUAGUGACGAGCUUCUAUUACAAGCAUUUAAGAAGUGCAAAUCUCUUGGUGCUUUAGCUAUGGUCCAUGCAGAAAAUGGAGAUGCUGUGUAUGAAGGACAGAAAAGAAUGAUAGAACUUGGUAUUACUGGUCCCGAGGGACAUGCUCUUUCAAGGCCCCCAGUGCUGGAAGGAGAGGCAACCGCUCGAGCUAUUCGAUUGGCAGAGUUUGUUAACACACCUCUCUAUGUAGUUCAUGUGAUGAGCAUUGAUGCUAUGGAAGAGGUUGCUAAAGCUCGAAAAUCAGGGCUGAGGGUUAUUGGAGAAACUGUAGUAUCUGCCUUAGUCCUUGAUGAUUCUUGGCUUUGGCAUCCUGACUUUUCCAUUGCGGCAAAGUAUGUAAUGAGUCCUCCCAUUAGAGCAUCAGGACAUAACAAGGCUCUUCAAGCUGCACUUUCAAUGGGAGUUCUACAGCUUGUAGGAACCGACCAUUGUACCUUCAAUUCCACACAGAAGGCUUUUGGGAUUGAUGAUUUCCGGAAAAUCCCAAAUGGUGUCAAUGGUAUUGAGGAGCGGAUGCAUAUUGUCUGGGACACAAUGGUGGAAUCUGGUCAAAUUUCUGUUACCGAUUAUGUUCGAGUAACGAGCACAGAAUGUGCUAGAAUCUUUAAUAUAUAUCCAAGGAAGGGAGCAAUUCUUGCUGGGUCUGAUGCAGAUAUAAUUGUCUUCAAUCCAAAUUCUAGCGUGGAAAUAAGUGCUAAGUCUCAUCACUCUAAAUCUGACACAAAUGUCUAUGAAGGAAGGAGAGUAAAGGGAAAGGUUGAAGUAACCAUAGCUGGUGGAAGAAUUGUUUGGCAAAAUGAUGAACUGAAGGUUGUUCCAGGUUCUGGAAAGUACAUAGAGAUGCCGCCUUUCGGUUACCUUUUCGAAGGAAUGGACAAAGCAGAAGCAAGUUACUUAUCUUCUCUACGGGCUCCAGUUAAAAGAUCCAAAUCGACAACUUAGUUUGUUUUCUUGUAAAAUAUUAGAUCAGCUGAUCAAGAAAAGAAAAGGCAACAAUGACAAGAAAGAACCAAUUAUUUGAAAUGUUGGAGUGUCUCAUAUAAUUAGCCUAAAUAAUAAGUUAAUGAGGUUACGUGUUCAUAUCAAUAAAUUAGAUUCAUCUCUUGCUUUUUGUGAUUAAACAAUACAUAUUUGUGUGUAUAGUUUUUUUUUUCUUUUAAUUUAAAUAUGUAUCAAACGAAUUUCAAAGUUACGUUAUAGUUAAUAUGUAUGUAGUUAUAUUGCACACAAAA